GGAGAAGAGGGUCUCAAGUCGAGACAGGGUAUCUAUCUCCGUUAAAAGAAAAAGUUGGAGAGUUACUUCAAGAGUAAGAGAACUCUUCGAAGGAAACGACACCGUUUGGGACCUAAAGUUAUAUCGCCUUUUAGGCCAAUCUCUCGUUAACAUCGAGGCGACUCACUGUCCAGUUCGAUAUUCAGAGACAAAUCUCAAACCUUUCACGACAAAAGGUUCCAAAGUUGGCCAUCAUGACGGAGUACAAGGAGGAACAGGAGAUGGAGAUUGAAGCUCUUGAAUCUAUACUUGCUGAUGACUUCAAAGAGAUUCAUUCUAGUGAAAGUGGGCUUAAUACUUCUAACCGAUGCUUUCAGAUAACAGUCACUCCUCAUGAUGAUGAUGAUCUGGAGGAGUCAUCAAUCCCACCAGAAAAUUAUCCGGAUGAGGUUCCACUUUUGGAUGUUAAAAGUAUCCGAGGAAUCCAUGUUAGUGAUCUCACCAUCUUAAAAGAGAAGCUUGAACAAGAGGCAGCAGAAAAUCUUGGAAUGGCCAUGAUGUAUACAUUGGUCUCAUCAGCAAAGGACUGGUUGUCUGAACACUAUGGGCAAGACGAUGGAGAUGACUAUGCCGAGGAAGAAACUGCCAAAGAGGAUGAGGUUAUUAUUCCUCAUGGAGAACCUGUUACGCUGGAGACGUUUGUGGCAUGGAGAGAGAGAUAUGAGGCAGAGCUUGCACUUGAGCGAGCCAAGCUGAUGCCUGAGUCUGCUCUUACGGCGCCUAAGGAGAAGAAGCUUACAGGAAGACAGUGGUUUGAGAGUGGCAAAGCGGUAUUUCUCAGAAAUCUACUUUUUCACAACAGAUACCUGUUGUUGUUAACCAUCCCAUUUUUUCAGAGAGGAACAGUGGUCGCUGCUGAUCAAGAAUCUGAGGAGGAAGAUGAUGAAGACAUUGACUUUGAAGACGAUGACUUUGAAGAUGAUGAAGAAGACAUGCUUGAGCACUACUUGGCGGAGAAAUCUGAUGCAAGGGCCUGAAGCUAGGGAAAGCUUUACAUAAUGAUUUUUCAAGCUUUUUUUCUGAAUAGAGAUCAGGAUCACCUUUCAUUGAGCAGCAUUAUUCAAUCUCAUAUCCUCAGUUUUCCAAGCUUUGAUAUGCUCAAGACUUACCUCGAGACUUGCAUUUCUCAUAUAUCACUUUCACAGUCUGUCAUUUAUAAGAAUGCCACUGAGAUUUUGUAACUUUUUUGCUAGUAUCAGAGCACAAAGCAGUUCUCUCA